UGUUAAUUCUUUUUCUAUUUAUUUGUUCAUUCUCUCUUCCUAUUUCUUUUUUAUUAGCGGCCCUCGAAAAGGGAAAAGCCGCUAUUAGUUUUGUGCGAUCUCACUGUCCGUCUGUCCCAUUUAGAUAUCAGAAACUAGAAUAGAAAAUCGGACAUCAUAAUAUUUGGACCUUUUAAAGUUUUGAUGCAACGGCUACUUUUUUCUUUUCCGAAAGUAAACCAUUUAAUAUUUAAAUGAACUAUGCAAGCAGCUUUUACAAUACUAUUACACAAUACGCCACUUUUAAAUGAAAAACUGCAGGGAAGACUCCACAUACAAGUUCAAUUCAUCCAAUACCGUCAGCUGAAUACAGUACAGGGAGGACUUCAAAAGUGACAGAAUGAUUGUAUUGGAAAUUCUAUUCAUUGCGUUUGUGCAAGUAAUGUCAGUGACAGGUGAUGAUGACGAUAUGUCAUUUUUUGUGCCGCUACAAGGUGGUAACAGUGACAGUAAGGAGAUACCUUCAUUUGGCAGUUACUUCAAUGUUCCCAGUGUGUACCAACAAAACCUGCAGCACUUCCAACCACAGCCUCGGCUACUCCAUCAGCCAGUGAACCCUUACAACGUUCUUGGAACAUCUUACCAAGGCGGCUUCCAGCAGAACCACUUGCCCUUAAACAUGGGCAGCCGAGUUGGACAGGUCCACCCGCUUGUAGCGCUAGCAGCUGGAAAUCUGGGGAAAAGCCAAGAGAGUGGAGAGUUGAUGGGCGGUGCCAAAUGGUUUAGAAAUCUUGUGGACAUUAUAAACAAGCAGGGGGCAGUUCACAAUGACGAUUCUAGCGAGGAGACAGAUCACGUGCUCAACCCAUUUUCCUUAGUACACGCCCAGUUAGCACGCGAUUCCCAUGCCUCCAGACUUGAGUUUCCUGUCAAUGUCGUCAAGGAGGAUGUCGACUCCAGUGAAGAAAAGAAAAAUGAGCACAGCGACUCCAGUGAGGAGAGGAAAGGGGGGCUUAAUGAUGGCGAUUCUGGCGAAAAUGAGAGAAGCAGUGAAGGAGAGACUGGUUCCACGCUAAGACCGUUUCCUUCUCCGGCAACUCGUAUCUCAGCCUCUUACAGUCCGCCUGGUCCAGCCACUAAGAAUCCACCAAGCGGUUUCAAGACUACAUUACAAUUGUUUACAUCUCAAUCGUCACCAUUUUCCCAAACACCAACUUUAGUUCGUACUACGGGCUCCAAACUAACACAUUCCACAAUCAGACCAAACUACCACUCCUCAAGCCGAACAGUUAAACCAACAAAACCAGCACCAUCAACAAAAGCACCACAGUCCUCUAACCCAACAAAACCAGCACCAUCAAUAACAGCACCACAGUCCUCUAACCCAACAAAACCAGCACCAUCAACAAAAGCACCACAGUCCUCUAACCCAACAAAACCAGCACCAUCAACAAAAGCACCACAGUCCUCUAACCCAACAAAACCAGCACCAUCAAUAACAGCACCACAGUCCUCUAACCCAACAAAACAACCUACGAAACAAACAUCGAGAACCAUUGCGCCAAGCAGUUCUCCAUUCACCAAAGGGACAAUAAAACCAACGAAAUCUACAACAGCACCCAAAACUCCAACGAACACAGAAAGUUCAAAAUAUUCAACCAAACAAAAACCAACAUCAGCGUCGUCUGUGGGCUGGUCCCUCAAGACAUCGACAUUAGUCAAAAGCACAACCAAACAAUCUCUACCACCAACACUGUUCACUUACUACCCGUCUACCACAGCACCAUCCUCCUCCAUUUUAACGACCACUCGGCUUCCACUGACGUCAUCGACAACUGGAAGGUCAUAUCCUACAACUAGGUCAUCUUCUUCAACAACAAGAAGCUCCUCAACGACAACCAGACUGACCACUACUACGUCAUCAAUAACGUCAACAGAGAAACCAAACAUUCCAGAGCUCUGUCAAGGUGGCCAGGAAAUAAAUGGAGUCGGGUACAAGGCUCAUUGGUCAGACUGUUCAAAGUUCAUUCAGUGUCACUUUCUGCCAGAUGGCACUGUCCACGUUGUCAUGAAGUCCUGCCAGCAUGGAACUCACUGGGAUCAGAACACACUGUCUUGUACCAAUGGAAACAUCGCCCACUGUCCUUAUGAUCUGUGCCUUAAGGAUGGAUUUGACCGUUACCCUUCAAUGACCAACUGUCGAGGAUACUGGAUCUGUCAAAAUGAAAAAUCCGAGGGCUACUGUUGUCCACCUCAGCAUUCAUAUGACGUCAUUACUUCUGACUGCGUACCGAAUUCCGAAUGUAAAGAUGUGUGCGGCGCACCCAACAUUUUUGAUAUUUGUGACAAACGCGCUGUAGAAGGUCGACCUCUAGUCUACGAACAGAAUCUACCUGGACAAGGAUGGGUGCAAAUGCCCUGUGCCCAAGGCACGACAUUCAAUGUCAAUGAUUGUAUGUGUGCCUGGAGUUCGCAGAUUAAUUCCACAGAAAUAUUGUGUCAACCCGAGCUGUACAUCCCAUUUAAUGGAGAUAUACGGGAUGAGUCCGGCAAUAACAACUACCUCCAGGUGGAUGGAGUCAAAGUGGUGGACGGCACUGGUCACUUUGAUGGCAAAAGUUUGAUUCGUGUUCCAAGGUUUUCAAAUGCUGAGUAUGGUGACACAUUUAUUGUUAAACUAAGGUACAAAGAAGAAGGGCGUGGUUCGGGAGCUGGACAACUCCAAGCUCUAGUGGCCAAUGGCGACUGUAACAAGCCCAGCUCUCUGUAUAUGGCAACAGGGCAAGGACGUGUGGAUGUCGGCCUGCGGACCAAUAAAGGCCAGAACGCCAGUGUCUCUAUACCUAAUAAUGCAUCGGGCUGGAAAGAUGCAGUACUAAUGGCAGAUAGAAAUAUUCUGAGUGGAAGUGUUAAUGGUAAUACCUACCAGACGUUCUUUGCAGGAUCAAUUGAGCCCAGUAAAUGUGCUUUACAGAUCGGUAGAGGAACUGACUUUAAACAUUUCACUGGAUACAUGGAUGAUAUUACAGUAUUUCUUUGCAAGCCUAAAGGAUUUUAAGAUUUCUUCUCAAUAAAAUGCUAUUUAAAAUGA